CAAAAACCAAAGAUCACUUGAGGAGCUGAGAUUCAACACAUGAUAGUUUUUGGGAUUCGGAAUUUGUGGCAUUACAUAGUAGAGCUGUCGGGGCGGGCCAAUGUCCAACUCCAACUCCAUAUCACGAAGCUGCUCGGAGAUUUUCCCGUACUCGCUGAACGCAAACUGGUCGACAAUGUAGCAGUUCCAUAACUCGCGUGAUAAUAUGUCAAUAUCAUCAGAAACUGCAUGGUUGUUCAUCAUGCCCACCUCGUUACGCUUAUAAUAAUUGUGGAUCUUGUGGAACAAGACCGUUAUGAUGAAUGUAGCGCCUCCCAUCAUGAUAGUGUUAAGCUAGAGAAGAAUAAGCUAAAGUCGACGUUGUGUUAAGAAGGAGGCUGGACUACCAAGUUUGGUGCAUGCUGCUCGAAGGCUUCGCACCAUUCGCAGCAUGGAGUAAUGUUGUGCACCCAGCGCGCUGUUUGUUGGGGACUGACCAGUGCAAGAAGAUUCAAAUCGAUCCCCGAUGUCGGUAUGUGAUUUGGAUUCCGGCAUUGUAGAUAACCACAAAUUUGAUUCAUACUAUUUCCUCGGUAUAGACUAGUUCCCUAUCCAUGUUUAGGUAUGCAAAGGAGAUGACGGCUUUCAUAUAAAAUGGAAGGGGAGAUUGAAGAGUGAGCUGUAAGUUUGCCUGAGCAACAGCCAUCUGGCUCUGCAGGUACACAAACUCAAACACGUUUCCACAGUACAAUCGUCUUGACGAUACACAAUCACAAUUAGCCUGUCCUAGCAAACAAUGUACAACACUUAUUCAGACAAAGCACCAAAGCCUGUUCGUUGGGAGGUCUAGGAGCUUUCCUUUUGGCGCAAACGUGAAAUGCUUGGAGGAAGGGCUGAACGUACGACAAAAACUAGAUUAUCCAUUUCAAUUGCAUUGCAGGAAGUGGACUUCAGGUCCGCGGCGGCUAAAA